AUGUCAACAGCUUGGACGGUUGAUCCUGACAACAGGAAACGUUUGUUGCAAUUGCAAAAGGUAGGAUCCAACAAGAAAUGUAUUGAUUGUGGAGCCCCUAAUCCCCAAUGGGCCUCACCUAAGUUUGGUAUCUUUAUUUGCUUAGAAUGUGCAGGCAUUCAUAGAGGGUUGGGCGUGCAUAUUUCAUUUGUGAGAUCAAUCACAAUGGAUCAAUUCAAGCCCGAGGAGCUGGCUCGGAUGGAAAAAGGUGGUAACGAGCCUUUCACCGAGUACCUGACUGCUCACGGGGUUGAUUUGAAACUACCCCCCAAGGCAAAGUACGACAAUCCUUUUGCAACUGACUAUAAGGACAAACUAACUAGUUUGGUUGAGGGAACUGAAUGGACUGAACCUGAACAUCCUGAUUUCGAUGUAGCCGCUUUCAACGCCAAUCCAGAUCAGGCCGUACAACCUUCAAAAACCGAGGAUUCCGUUGGCGUCUCCACACCUAUUGAAUCUCGCCGGGCUACUCCACAGCUACCAGAAGACCAGAAAGAAAAGAAUGAAGCUUAUUUCUCCGAAUUGGGCAAAAAGAACCAAUCAAAGCCUGAACACCUGCCUCCUUCGCAAGGUGGAAAAUAUCAAGGUUUUGGAAACACGUCCUUUGAACCUAAGCAGGCCGAAAAGGAUGUUUCACAGUCCAUGGCCACUCUUACCCUUGAAAAUCUUCAAAAGGAUCCGCUAGGAACCUUUGCCAGGGGCUGGGGUCUUUUCUCAUCGGCCGUCACAAAGUCAGUGGGCGAAAUGAAUGAGACUGUGAUUAAACCUAGUGUACAACAGAUUCAAACUAAAGAUCUUUCUGAGGAAGCUAGAAGAGCUGCCACUCAGUUUGGCCAAAAAUUCCAGGAAACAUCGAACUACGGAUAUCAGGCCUUUACCAACUUGACCAAAAAACUUGAAGAGCAGUAUCAACAGAACUUUUACGAAACCCCCAAUGCAGGCGGCUCACAAUACUCGAAAAUUCCUAAUCAUACUGACGUCGGUGAGGAUGCAUCUUUUUUGCAGGCUACAGGAAGCGAGGAAAAGACAAAUCAACAUGCUGUGAACAAGAAGUCCGAGGACAGUGAGUGGGACGAUUUUUGA